UGCUAUUAAUUAUACAGAAAUGCCAUUGGUUUUUAUUAGAUCUAGUAUGUUGACUAAAUUUGCUUAUUAACCAUAAUGAUUUUAUUCUUCUGCAUUAUGUACAGAACAAUGUCAUCUGUGAAUGGCAUGUAAAUCACAACAUGCCAUGUCGCUCCUGAAAACCCAUCCUCAAGUCUCCUAAGCACUCAGAACCAACUGUGAACCAGCUUUGGUCUGCGAGGAAACAAUGACCGAUAAAACAGAGAAAGUGGCUGUAGAUCCUGAAACCAUGUUUAAACGUCCCAGGGAAUGUGACAGUCCUUCAUAUCAGAAAAGGCAGAGGAUUGCCCUGUUGGCAAGGAAACAAGGAGCAGGAGACAGCCUUACUGCAGGCUCUGCCAUGUCCAAAGAAAAGAAGCUUAAGACAGGAGAUGGUAUUCCACCCAUCCAAUUGGAUUCUCAGAUUGAUGACUUCGCUGGUUUCAGCAAAGAUGAGCUGAUGCAGAAACCUGGUAGCAAUGCACCUGUGGGAGGAAUCAUUACCAGCAAUUUCUCUGAAGAUGACCUAAAAUGCAGAGAAAUAGACCCUAUUCCCAAAAGCCAAGAAGAAAUUAAUGCUGAUAUAAAACGUCAAUUAGUGAAGGAAAUCCGAAGCAUUGGACGAAAAUACGAAAAGAUCUUCAAAUUGCUUGAAGAAGUGCAAGGACCUAUAGAAGUCAAGAAACAAUUUUUUGAAUCCAUCAUCAAGGAAGCAGCAAGAUGUAUGAGCCGAGACUUCGUUCAGCUCCUUGAGAAGAAACUGGAGCAUAUGAUUUGGGAGUACUUGUCCAUGGAGGAUUAUGACAACUCAAAUGCAUAAUCUCAUUAAUGAUUGAGGAGAGAAAAGGAUCAGAUUGCUGUUUUCUACAGUGGAGCAGGAUAUUGCUGAAGUCUCCUGGCAUAUGUUACUGAAUCAAAUGGCCUUUCAGAGGCUAAGAAAUGUCUGUUAGUAAAAGUUGUUCUUUUUCCC